AUAUAUUUCUUGGUAUCAUGAAAUUUCGCAAUGAGCCUGAAUUCCAAGCGAUAGAUUGCCCGUUGUUACACGUGUCCCCAAGCAUCGGUCAACCGGGUUUGACAUAAAAAAUCGUCGAAGGGGCAGCGGGUCUGGGAUUUGCGAGACGAAGAAGGGGCGAUGGAGAGGAGGCUUUGAAAAAUCGUGAGAGGAAGGAAAGAGAGAAAGAGAGACUCGCUCUCUAGCCUCGUGUAUGCCGUGAAAGUUAUAGCGAAGAGAGGCAAGCAAGGGGGGAUUCUGAAUCGCUUCUGGUACCUCUGGUAGAUCGUGGCUAAGCCAGUCGCUCGCUCGCCGCUCACCUAAACGGCUUUCACCUGGGCGAUUACGAAGAUCCUUGGUCGUCGACCGCCUUCGAACGAUCGUGUUCAACGGACAACCGUUCUCUCAAUCUGCGCGGAUGCACACGAAAAUCCCGUGGUUCCGUGGCCGGUGAUCGGUGAUCGACCCAACAGUCGACAUGUCUUCUGGAUGGUGAAUGGUGUAUUUACUUGGUAGAAAUAGUGUCUUUAUACGAUCAAGAGGAAACGAGGGAUUUUGUUGUUCGCCAGGAAGUUAAAGAGCCUGUCAAAAGCAUCGUUGACGAUCGGCUGACGGCUUUGCUCCGCUGAUCCCGUUGGACGAAUCGGUCUGAUCGGUUUCUGUUUCGACUGUAAGAGGAGAUUUCACUUUCGUCUAGCAGAAUGUCAAAAAGUCAGCAACAGAAUGGAAUGAUAGGAGGCGGAGGACCGGUCGCUGACACUGACGAUUUUUCGGAUGGUGAGAGUACUCCAUUGACUCAGGACUAUGGCGACAGUCAAAGAACUGUCGUGGAAACGAAAGGAUGGGACGUGUUCCGGAAUCCACCGCCAAAGAUCGAUUCCGGUUCGAUGGCGAAUCAAAGAUGCCUCGAGAUGACGGUACAGAUCACGAAGGUGAUCGUCUACCUACUAGUAUUUGUGAUAGUAUUAGGAAGCGGCGUAGUAGCCAAAGGAACAAUUCUAUUUAUGACGUCGCAGUUAAGAGCUAAUCGAACAAUCGCUUACUGCAACAAGAAAUUAGGCCGGGACAGGCAAUGGACAGUAACGUUACCAGAAGAGGAGAGAAUAGCGUGGAUCUGGUGCAUCAUAAUCGCGUUCGCGGUGCCAGAAUUCGGCACGUUAAUCCGCAGCACUAGGAUAUGUAUUUUCAAAUCGUGGAAGAAACCACCGGCUUCUCACUUCCUGCUUGUCUUUCUCAUGGAGACAUUCCACGUGACCGGUCUGGCUCUGAUGUUUAUGGCAGUACUUCCUGAAUUGGACGUGGUUAAAGGUGCGAUGCUGACGAACUGCGUGUGCUUCGUACCUGGUUUACUAGGACUGCUCUCUCGCAAUAAGAACAAAGACGAGUCGAAGAGAUUUGUUUUGGUGCUGAUAGAUAUUGCCGCGCUCGCUGCUCAAGGAACAAGUUUCUUCCUCUGGCCUUUGCUGGAUAGUUCUCGACCCUCGUUAUGGCUCAUACCACCAUCUUUAUUCCUGGUUUCGUGCGGCUGGUGGGAAAAUUAUGUUUCGAUACAGAGUCCGAUCGGAUUUGUUCGAGCUCUGGGGAGGGUGAAGAAAGAAAUGCGGUUGACGAGAUACUUCACUUAUAUGUUCAUCUCGGUUUGGAAGAUCGUGGCAUUUUUUAUUAGCACCUUACUGAUACUCCACGUCAAAGGCGAAACAGUUGGCCAUUUGUUCACGAUGCUGAGUGACGCUUUCGGAAGCCAUGACAUUAUGGCAUGGACGCAACGGGCUGAAGCCACUGAUAAAAUCACCGAUGUCGCUGAUAUCCUGGAUAUUGGCGACACAGUACCUGUACCAGGAAGCGUAGAUACCCCUAUAUACGUUCUACUGCUGCAAAUAUUUGGUGCUUACUUCACAUACAUAUUUGGUAAAUUCGCGUGCAAAAUUCUGAUACAAGGAUUUAGUUAUGCUUUCCCGGUAAAUCUAACAAUUCCAGUGUCAAUAUCUUUAUUAAUUGCUGCUUGUGGCCUGAGGAACACCGAUCCUUGCAUAUUUCAAGGAACGAUUCCGGAUUAUCUGUUCUACGAGUCACCGCCAACCCAUUUCAUCAAUGAUUUCGUGUCGAAGCAAUAUGCUUGGGUAUGGUUGUUGUGGUUGCUGUCACAAACUUGGAUUACAUUGCACGUUUGGACACCGAAAUGCGAGCGUCUCGCCGCCACAGAGAAACUGUUCGUCGUUCCUAUGUACAAUUCUCUGUUAAUCGAUCAAUCGAUGGGUCUAAACAGAAAGAGGGACGACCAACCGGAAGUGAAAGUCGAGGAUCUGGCAGAGAUAGAGAAAGAAAAGGGAGAUGGAGAUUAUGAGACCAUAUACGAACAGACGGAUGGCACGACUACACCUCCGUCGGCUGUAAAGAGCAGCGAUCACGUAACAAGAAUAUACGCCUGCGCGACUAUGUGGCAUGAAAACAAGGAGGAAAUGAUGGAAUUUUUGAAAAGUAUCUUACGUUUGGACGAAGAUCAGUGUGCUAGACGUGUAGCCCAAAAGUACUUGAAGGUUGUCGAUCCGGACUACUAUGAAUUCGAAACUCACAUCUUUUUCGAUGAUGCGUUCGAGUUAUCGGAUCACGAUGAGAACGAACAGCAAGUGAAUAGAUUCGUAAAAUUGUUGGUGGGCACUCUGGAUGAGGCAGCGUCGGACGUUCAUCAAACACGGAUGCACGUCAGAGCACCGAAGAAGUAUCCGACGCCUUACGGUGGCCGAUUAGUCUGGACUCUUCCUGGAAAAACGAAGAUGAUCGCACAUUUGAAGGACAAGAGCAAGAUUCGUCACCGAAAACGUUGGAGCCAGGUUAUGUACAUGUAUUAUUUAUUGGGACAUCGAUUAAUGGAAUUGCCAAUUAGCGUAGAUCGCAAGGAAGUGAUCGCAGAAAAUACUUACUUAUUAACUCUUGACGGUGAUAUCGAUUUUCAACCAGCCGCUGUGAAACUGCUCGUGGAUUUGAUGAAGAAGAACAAAAAUCUUGGCGCAGCCUGUGGCCGUAUUCAUCCAGUCGGUUCAGGUCCUAUGGUUUGGUAUCAGAUGUUCGAGUACGCUAUCGGACAUUGGCUGCAAAAAGCAACCGAGCAUAUGAUCGGCUGUGUACUUUGUAGCCCUGGUUGCUUCUCGUUGUUCAGAGGAAAAGCUUUGAUGGACGAUAACGUGAUGAAGAAGUACACAACGAGAUCUGACGAGGCUAGACAUUACGUUCAAUACGAUCAAGGAGAGGAUCGAUGGCUUUGUACGCUUCUUUUGCAACGUGGGUACAGGGUAGAAUAUUCAGCAGCCAGCGAUGCUUACACUCAUGCACCCGAAGGUUUUAACGAGUUUUACAAUCAGCGGCGUCGAUGGGUACCAUCUACCAUUGCCAAUAUCAUGGAUCUUCUGAUGGACGCAAAACGAACGAUUAAAAUCAACGAUAACAUUUCUCUUCCUUACAUCUCUUAUCAAAUCUUACUCAUGGGUGGAACCAUUUUAGGACCAGGCACGAUUUUCCUCAUGUUGGUCGGUGCUUUCGUCGCAGCCUUUAAGAUCGAUAAUUGGACCAGCUUCUACUAUAAUAUUAUUCCUAUUCUGUUCUUCAUGCUUGUAUGUUUCACUUGUAAAGCGAGCAUUCAGGUUUUCGUGGCGGCGAUAAUAAGUACGCUGUACGGCAUGGUGAUGAUCGCCGUGAUCGUUGGGACUGCGAUUAACAUCGUUCAGGACGGGAUAAUGUCGCCAUCCGCGAUGUUCCUAUUUUUAGUAAUAUCUCAGAUGAUAAUAACCGCACUAUUGCACCCCGAAGAAAUGUAUUGCUUACUAUACAGCAUCAUAUACUUCAUCACCGUCCCAUCGAUGUACGUGUUGCUUAUUUUUUAUUCGAUCUGUAAUCUGAACAACAUCACAUGGGGUACGAGAGAGGUGGUGACUAAGAAAACUGCUGCGGAACUUGAACAAGAGAAAAAGGAAGCCGAGGAAGCAAAACGGAAAGCGAAACAGAAAUCUCUGUUAGGGUUUCUUCAAAGUGGCGUAGGCUCGAACGACGACGAAGAAGGAUCGAUAGAAAUUUCUUUGUCGGGAUUGUUCAAGUGCAUGUUCUGCACUCAUGGACAGACCUCGAAUGAGAAACAGCAGUUGGUCGCUAUUGCUGAAUCUUUGGAGCAAGUUAGCAAACGCCUGGAAGUUAUCGAAAGAGCCGUGGAUCCUCAUGGGGUGACAAGUCGACGUCGUGCAUCCUCCGUGGGUUCUCGAACAGCCGAUCAUUUAGGGGCCAUUGGCGAAGAUCCAGCAGAGGAUCAGGAUUGUCAUAGUGAAGCUGAAACGGUGACUAGUCAGAAUACGGAAGGGAAUCGCGAAGCUAACAACUUCCUAAGCAGACCUUACUGGUUGAGCGACGAAGGACUUAAAAAAGGUGAAAUCGAUGUCCUGUCGCUGCAGGAGGAACUAUUUUGGAAGGAUCUCCUGGAGAAGUAUCUGUAUCCUAUAGACGAAGACAAGGCAGAAAAGACUCGCAUUGCCGCCGACCUAAUUGAGCUGCGGAACAAGAGCGUGUUCGCGUUUUUUAUGUUCAAUGCGUUGUUCGUUCUGAUCGUAUUCUUGCUCCAGCUGAACAAAGAUCAGCUGCACGUUGUCUGGCCACUCGGCGUCAAGACGAAUAUCACCUUCAUCGAAGAGACCUCGGAGGUACACAUUACGAAGGAGUAUCUACAACUCGAGCCUAUCGGUUUGGUGUUCGUGUUCUUCUUCGCAUUGAUAUUAGUUAUUCAAUUCACCGCGAUGCUGUUCCAUCGAUUUGGCACGUUCGCUCAUAUUCUAGCCAGCACCAGCUUAGAUUGGUACUGUUGCAAGAAGACCAAGGAUCUAUCGGAAGAAGCGUUAUUAUCAAAACACGCGGUAGAAAUAGUCAGGGAUUUACAAAGAUUAGAUGGCAUGGAGGGUGAUUACGAGGAAGGCAGCGGCAGCGGCCCGGGCAGAAGGAAAACCAUAAGAAAUCUUGAAAAAAGCCGAAGAAAAACGCAGGCAAUCAAUACGCUCGAUGUCGCUUUUAGACAGCGAUUCUUCAGUAUGUCAGAAGGCAAUGGUCUGCCGAGGAACAUGUCGACUAGAAGAUCUGCGAAGGCUUUUAAGGCAUUUGAAGGGCGCAGGAACAGCAUAAUGGCGAUGAGAAGGAAGUCGCAGAUGCAAACGUUGGGAGCCAAUAACAUUUACGGUGUGGCGGGCAAUCCUUUAGGGAUACAAGGUCGUCCCUCGAGAAGCAGUCAGAUUUCUGUAAAAGACGUGUUCGAAGGACACGCUGGUCACACGAAUUCAGCCUACGAACCUGACGAAAAUACCGGAAGUAGCCUCAGACUUCAUAAUCUAGGUCAGAGCACGUGGAGAGAUGCGAAUACCAAUAUUUAAUUGAAACGAAUGAACGUAAUUCGAACAAAUUCUUCACGGCCGUACGUAAUUGUUGGAAAAUAUUAAAACUGACGAAUUUUUUUACUUUAUAUCCUUAUAUAAAAAUAUUUGUUAGAUGAUCAACGACGAUAACCAUCACAUACGUUUCCCGAGAAACGAGAGAUGGCUACGCCUCCUUUGCUAAACAUUACAAGCAAUAAAAUCGAUUCCCAUUUAAAUUAUAAUAUCAUCACGCAUUUAAGCGCUUCGUCUAGCAAUUGUCUGUUAAUUAUCUGACUCUAUAUGACGUAAGAGCGAAUAGAAAAGUACGAAAAGACUGCCUUCGAGUAGACUAAUUUAUGAUGAAGUGAAAUGGAACAGGGCCGUCUUUAAACUCUUUAUUUAUUUAUUCGAAGAAAAAAGUGAACAAAGUUCCCUUCUUCUCUGAACGAUAAAGAACAACGAAGAACAAAAGAAAAAAAAGAUUACAUAAGAAUAGAAACUAGAAAUUUAAAUAUAAUAAGUUAGAAACUUUAAUAGAAUUAGAUAUAAAUAUUUGUUAAACUUGAACGAGUUAAAGACAGUCCUGAGGAAGAAAACGUUUUUUGUCUUCAUUUUUAUUCUUUUUAUUUUAUUUCUCUUUUUUUAUUCGCGUUUAGAUAUUUAAGAUAAACGAACUGACCGGCGAAUAACGAUAUUUGUUAGUACAGCUACUGCCGUACGAUGAUUAAACGGUUUUAGAGAAUAAUUCUCUGUUUAGGUGUUAAUUGAACGUAAUAGCCUUGUUAGCUGAUGUCGUAUCAAACGAGUGUGACAGUAAUCACAACGACGACAACGCUUACACUUCUUUCGUUCUUGUAAACGUGAUAUACCGCCGUUUAUAUAAAUAUACUUAUUGUAUUUAAUAGAUAUACAAUUCUUUUUGUACAUAUCGCGUGCGUACGUGUAACGUUAAGCCUGUAGAAAAAUCGUGUUGGUAUAAACAUAAACGAAAUAAAAUUCGAACAAUCAGCA